AUGGCGCAAUUGCUUCUGGCGCGGCUGCUAGACUGGGGAAAUCCUAGAGAUGAUGGAUCGACAUGGUGGUCAGAGAGACACGAUGACGAUGAUUGUGCAGAAUCAUCCUCAGAAGACCUUUAUGACGAUUACAAAGAGCCGCCAGAACUCCCCGAAGAUGUUCUUAUUCAUUGCUUCCAACACCUUCGCUCGUAUCAUGAUAUUGCAAGUGCCGCCAGAGUUUCGAAGUCGUGGCACAGUGCAGCAGUGCAAUUGUGGGGGAAUCGACAGCGCUUGACCUUCGCCAAGUGCCGUAAUCCAGAAUUCGCCCUGCCAUCGAUCAUGCCCAUGGCUUGCGUCGUCACAGAGCUCGACCUGUGUGGUUGCCGAUUGUCAGAUGCAUCACUCGAGGCUGCCAGUAAGGCUACGCCUGUUUGCCAGCUUCAGUCAUUAUCUCUGUGGGGUGUGAAGGGCGUCUCUGAUGCUGGCAUCUGCCGUCUGGUGGUGAAGUGCAAGGGGCUCAAGCAUCUAAACUUGGGAGGAACCUGUGUCACCUCAUCUUCAAUCUUCAACAUCGCCCGUUCAUGCCCAUCACUGGAGAUUCUAAAUUUGUGGGGAUGUCGUAAAGUGACGGACAAGGGAGUUCUUGCUGUGGUGGCAGGAUGUAUGCAACUGAGAGAACUCAACUUGUGGGGUGUUCCACUAUCUUUCCAUUGCCUUGCAUUUCUCAUGUCUAGAUGCCCAGAUCUUGAAAUCAAGCCUACACCUGGGGUUAGGACUGGUUUUCCAGCAUAUGGCAUUGUGCGUCAAUCAGCUUGA